ACCGCGCAACGCCGACCAGCGAGCGACAAGUACUGGACAAUCCCAAGCACACCCAGCAGAAAUUUCCGUCCGGACAACGCAGAACUCACACUCACCGCCCUGCUCCCUUUCCGGACUCGACCCCUCCAAAGUCUUUUUCUUCUCCUUCUCCCCCCGUCCAACAGAGCUUUGAUUUCCUCUCCUCUUCUUUCCUUCCAUCUCCUAUCCUCCCCAUCCACCUCCUUCCCCUUCCCACCAGUACCACAGACCAACACCACAAUGGCUGCUCCCGCCCACAAGUUCAAGGUCGCCGACCUGUCCCUGGCUGCCUUCGGCCGCAAGGAGAUCGAGCUCGCCGAGAACGAGAUGCCCGGUCUCAUGCAGACCCGUGCCAAGUACGCCGCCGACCAGCCCCUCGCUGGUGCCCGUAUCGCCGGUUGCUUGCACAUGACCAUCCAGACUGCUGUCCUCAUCGAGACCCUUACUGCUCUCGGUGCCGAGGUCACCUGGACUUCCUGCAACAUCUUCUCCACCCAGGACCACGCCGCUGCCGCCAUUGCCGCUGCUGGUGUCCCCGUCUUCGCCUGGAAGGGCGAGUCCGAGGAGGAGUACAACUGGUGCUUGGAGCAGCAGCUCCUUGCCUUCAAGGAUGGCAAGAAGCUCAACCUGAUCCUCGACGACGGUGGUGACCUGACCCACCUCGUCCACGACAAGUACCCCGAGAUGCUCAAGGACUGCUACGGUGUCUCUGAGGAGACCACCACCGGUGUCCACCACCUCUACCGCAUGCUCAAGGAGAAGAAGCUCCUUGUCCCCUCCAUCAACGUCAACGACUCCGUCACCAAGUCCAAGUUCGACAACCUGUACGGCUGCCGUGAGUCCCUCAUCGACGGUAUCAAGCGUGCUACCGACGUCAUGGUUGCCGGCAAGGUCGCCGUUGUCGCUGGUUUCGGUGAUGUCGGCAAGGGCUGUGCCCAGGCUCUGCACACCAUGGGUGCUCGCGUCCUCGUCACCGAGAUCGACCCCAUCAACGCCCUCCAGGCUGCCAUGGCCGGCUACCAGGUCACCACCAUGGAGAAGGCUGCUUCCCAGGGUCAGAUCUUCGUCACCACCACUGGUUGCCGUGACAUCCUGACUGCCCAGCACUUCGAGGCCAUGCCCAACGACGCCAUUGUCUGCAACAUUGGCCACUUCGACAUCGAGAUCGACGUCGCCUGGCUCAAGGCCAACGCCCAGAGCGUCCAGAACAUCAAGCCCCAGGUUGACCGCUUCCUCAUGAAGAACGGCCGCCACAUCAUCCUCCUCGCCGAGGGCCGUCUGGUCAACCUUGGCUGUGCCACCGGCCACUCUUCCUUCGUCAUGUCCUGCUCUUUCACCAACCAGGUCCUUGCCCAGAUCAUGCUGUACAAGUCCGGUGACGCUGCCUGGGGCCAGAAGUACGUCGAGUUCGCCAAGUCCGGCAAGCUCGAGGUCGGCGUCUACGUCCUCCCCAAGGUUCUCGACGAGGAGGUCGCCAGACUCCACCUUGCCCACUGCAACGUCGAGCUCUCCGAGCUCUCCAAGGUCCAGGCUGAGUACCUCGGCCUCACCGUCGAGGGUCCCUACAAGAGCGACAUCUACCGCUACUAA